CUUUUGGUCUGUUGCGGCUCCCGUAGAAGCAGGACGAAGAAAGAUGACUGUUCCUUUGACGUGGAAUAUUUCCGUAAAGAGACGAUGGAGGAGUAGCGGCGUGCAGGUCGAAGCCUUCCCGUCCUAACUUCACAUCCAGACGGGAUUUGUUUUAGCUUUUACACCCAUCCGGGUGUGGGUUUUUCCGACUCAACGAUAAACGUCUCUCACCUCUUUCAUUUUUUAAGCUACAAUCAUGAUUAAAGCCAUUUUAAUUUUUAACAACCACGGGAAACCAAGACUUUCUAAAUUCUACGAGCAUUAUAAUGAAGACACGGAGCAGCAGAUCAUAAGGGAAACCUUCCACUUGGUCUCCAAAAGAGAUGAAAACGUCUGCAAUUUCUUAGAAGGAGGAAUGCUUAUCGGGGGCUCGGACUACAAGCUGAUCUACAGACACUACGCCACAUUGUACUUUGUGUUCUGUGUCGACUCUUCAGAGAGUGAAUUAGGCAUUUUAGACUUAAUCCAGGUAUUUGUAGAAACGUUGGACAAAUGCUUUGAAAACGUCUGUGAACUUGACUUAAUUUUCCAUGUAGACAAGGUCCACAAUAUUCUUGCUGAAAUGGUGAUGGGUGGAAUGGUCUUAGAGACCAACAUGAAUGAAAUCAUCACACAGGUGGACGCCCAAAACAAGAUGGAGAAAGCUGAGGCCGGUAUCGCAGGAGCGCCCGCUCGUGCCGUAUCUGCUGUGAAGAACAUGAACCUGCCGGAAAUGCCCAGAAACAUCAACAUUGGGGACAUCAGCAUAAAAGUGCCAAAUUUACCUUCCUUCAAGUAGUGGCAGCGACCUCCAGAACCUGCAGAUUCCACCACUGUUUACCAUGAAGUAAUCUGUUUACCAACAUCUAACUUAAAUCAAAAAAAUAAUUGAAGGUACUGAGUGAUUUGACACUCCCUUUAUUUCUAUUUUUUUCUGUUUAGAUGUUAAUGUUGAAGAGUUUUAGCUGUUUAAAAGGAAGAAUAUAUAUCUAUAUAAUUAUUUGUGAUACAUUCCUGACAGGAGUUAGUCUUGUUAUAUUCAGCUUUACCAGUACAGAUUAUUGCAGUUUCUAACUAAAAUCAUUUUACUUGAACAAAUGUUUCACUCCAAAGACAGAGCAAGACAAUUUAGCCUUUUAGUCAUGUUUUUUUUUUCACUCCAGAUUAGAAAAAUCAACCAAAAAAUGCUUUUAAAUUGGAUUGUAUCCAUUUCAGAAUAAGGAAAAGGUCUGCUAAAAUGUUAUAAUGAAAUACAGAAUAAAUGAAUAGGGUGGUAUUUCAGAUACUGUCUGACAAUUAUGGCUUUAUUAUUUGUGUAUUUGCUGACAAAAAGUUUUUUUUCUUGUUUGCACAAUAUUUUAAAAAUAUUUAUCAUCUCUUAUCAGAUGUUUCUUAGUUUUUAUCUGCUUCUCUUCUUUUUCAACAAUAAAUUAUGAAAACCCUU